CACAUUGAUGAUGACAACAUGAACUGAUCGCUCGUUGUAUGUGUUUCCUGCAAGUUUUUCUGCUAUCUUUUUGUAUAGAAAAUUGCUGACAUUCACACUCCUGACACAAUCGCACCAUGCACUGUGUAAGCAGAGGAGGCUGCUACCUGGUGAACUCCUGCUGUGAGCUUCAGGAGGACAACCAGUGGAAGAAGGAGAGCUACCAAGCGUGUUGGCUGAGCCUGGUGCUUGAAACAAGACUACAGUACAAGCUGACACUGUCAGAGACAGACAGCAUUCACAGAGAGAGUUACAAGCAGCAACAGGUGGUCCACUUCAUGGUCCAGAGGAGUCCCAGCCAGACCCUGAGGCUGGGCAGCGACAGCAGAGCCAUGACAGAGCACCAUCUACCCCUCUUCAACGCCAGGAGGGACCUACAUCGUGCCACAACCACCUUUGGGUGCACAGAACAACAGCCAGUCAUACUAAGCAAGGGGAAUAAUGGAGUAGAUAAACAGGAAGUGACUGCCAUAAGUCAGGACCUCAGCAAGCCAGUCAGAGUGAAUUUCAGAGCCUCGAGCCUGAUGUCCUCACCGGGGGCGAUCUCUCAUCGGGUGCAGAGGAGGGAGUGAAGCAAAGGGGUGGAGGGUAUUUAACAAUGAGCUCAGAAAAUAUAACAUGUUAAUGUAAUUUACACGAUAUAUAAAUGUACUUCUAAAUUGUAUAAGCUAUCUAAACUGUGACAUUGGAGAAAAUAAUAGCACCUUAUGGUAUGCCUCAUGAGUAUUGUUUUUAUGUGUGACAAACCAGAUAUCUCAGCAACUUCAUGUGUUUAGUAUCAUCCAAACAAAAGAAAAAUAACUUGUAUUCUUCCUCUAAUAAAUAAAAUAAAAUGAUUAUCUUAAAAAUGUGUAACAAGGUUGAUUUGAUGAAUUUGUAAAUGAUAUGUUGCACUUAUUGCAAAUAUAAUGUAUAUACUGUACUGUGCUAUAGAUAUGGACACAUUCUGACACAGAUGCUUUACUGGUUGUGUUCAUUAUUGCAGGAAGAACUGACACAUUUGUCAUUGUCAGUGAUCUUUAUGCCUAAUAAAGCUUCAUAAAAUAGUGUCUGGAACCUCA